AUGCCUGUCCAUCGGUUUUCUUUCCAGAACCCGCGGGGCACAGUUGUAUUCAUACUACUCUUAACAGCAUCGACCAGAGCAGAACUAGAUGGCACGUUCUUCAAGACCAGAAAAAAUUCGUUUCUGUCUGAUGAAAACACUAUUUGGAAUGGAAAGGCUGCCUCCUUACUGUCCUGUUCACAAAAGUGUGUAAGGCAAGCUACUUGCAAAAGUGCCAGUUUUAUGGCAAGCGAAGGAAGAUGUUUGCUACACAAUGAAAAACAAACGAAGCUUUCUGACAAGGUUUUAAAACGAGAACACUCGUUCUAUUUGAAAAAGGUGAUAAAGGUUAUAAAUAAGACCUCGAGAACUUCGCCAUCGACUCCACUUUCAUUUGGCGCAGGUACGACCCAAUCGUCAGCAGUCCCCUCGUGUCAGACCCUACGCAGUCAAUCCUCGGGAGUUUAUUGGAUUGAUCCAGACGGUGGGUCCCAUACCAACGCGUUCGAAGCUUACUGUGAUAUGGAGACUAAUGGAGGAGGUUGGACUCUAGUGUGGAGCUAUACCUUCACUAAUUAUUAUUUUUUCAAGGAUGAUUCAAACGCUGUCACACCAAGACCAAACUGGCCAGCGAGCUGGAAAGUUAAUGUUCCCACAUCAACUACUCCACCACUGAGCGAGACAGACUACAACGCCAUGGACUUCUCUCUGUGGAAACAACUCGGCAGAGAGGUCCUCAUCAAGAGCAACAUAAACAACUGGCUGGUAUGCCAACCUGGAACAGGAAGUUUGGUUGAUUGGCAGGAAGGGAGUGUCAGUUGUCAGAUUGUCAAACGCGUGACUGACGAGUGUCUGGAGGCGCCAGCACCUUCCUCAGUUUCACCUAGUGCUCGGGUUUCACGUUGUGGGCCAGUGUUUCUCUCAACCUCAUUCAUGGUUGACGCAUACUACUAUUUUGACGGUUGUAAGAGGAGGGACUGGCCUAUCAAUGAUCUUUGUGGUAUAAGGUCUUCCCAAUGGCAUUAUAUGAAGAAUGUGGAGAACCCGCACGGUAACAUUUUCAUUCGAUAAACUUUCAUCAACGACGUUUCAUCGUUAUCGAUAAUCCUUAAAAAUAGAGACCAAUGGCACUCUUAACCAAAGGUUGAAAACGUGUUCAGCAGUUAAUCAAUCAAUCAAUCAAUCAAUCAAUCAAUCAAUCAAUCAAUCAAUCAAUCAAUCAAUCAAUCAAUCAAUCAAUCAAUCAAUUUAUUAAAGUCAUUGAGUGGGAUUGAGGUUGCCCUCAGUAUCCGAGCCAGAGGCUCAUGUAUAAAAUGCAUGACUAAAAUAACAGAGAGAAAAUUAAAUAAGUAAUAACAAAGUUAUAUGUAAAAAAGAUACAUACCUGAAAUUAUCAUGUAACAAUUAUCAUGUUAUCCAACUAUCCAACAAGCGCGAUAAUAACUAUUUAGUUAUAAAUAUAAACACAGCUAACCUAAAAUUGUGACGAAAAUAUAAAAAUUUAAGAUUGAGAGUAAUUACAUAGACAACUUGUCCUUAAAU